CCGCCGCGGGUGCAGGCUGUGUGUCGCGUGAGUCCCGCGUCGGGCGCCAUCCGCGACGUGUCGAAGUGCCGACGAGCCGCGAGCGGAAUAUCGGUGUGCUUUGUGAAACGGUUCAGUGACGUGCUGUUGAUUACACACUAAAACAAUUUAAAGAAUACAAACAAAUAACCAAAACACAAAUAAAACGAAGUAAAUAAACUUGGUGAGUUCGGUGCGAGUUGUCCGAUCACGAGUGGAGUGCACGUGGAGUGCCGGAGGAACUUUGGCCGAGAGCUGCGAGUGCGGGAGUUUGACACACUUCAUUACGACCACUCUCCAGACGGCCGGGGGAUGUGAUUCGCCGGCGCCAUGCCAAGCGGGCGCUCGCGGCGCGGCUCGGCCUGAGAGCGGGACCAUGAGCACCAACAUGCUGCUGUCGCUGCUGCUGCACUGCUUCUACGUCACCACGGCGACCAUGUCUGGAGGGGUAGGACCGUUGCCGGGCGCGGGCAGCGGCGAGGUGCGCGGGGAGCGGCCCUACUUCGACGACGUGUCGCCGCGGAACGUGUCCACCGUGGUGGGGCAGGCGGCCGUGCUGCGCUGCCGGGCCAAGCACAUCGGCAACAGAACAGUGUCCUGGAUGCGGAAGCGAGACCUUCACAUCCUGACGUCUCACAUCUUCACGUACACGGGGGACGCGCGGUUCAGCGUGCUGCACCCGGAGCCGUCCGACGACUGGGACCUCAAGAUAGACUACGUGCAGCCGAGAGACGCCGGCGUCUACGAGUGCCAGAUCAACACGGAGCCCAAGAUCAACAUGGCCGUCGUGUUGAACGUUGAAGAUGAGUCCCUCACCCCCGCGCCUCAGCCGCCGGUCCGAUCCCCAGCGGCGGCUGCAUCCAUAUGGGGCUCCCAGGAUGUGUACGUGAAGAAAGGCAGCACGAUAUCUCUGACGUGUUCGGUGAACGUUCACUCGUCACCGCCUUCGAGUGCUUCUGUUUUAUGGUACCACGGCAGCGCGGUGGUGGACUUCGACUCGCCGCGCGGCGGCAUCAGCCUGGAGACGGAGAAGACGGAGGGCGGCACCACCAGCAAGCUGCUGGUCACCAAGGCGUCCCUCAGCGACUCCGGCAACUACACGUGCGUGCCCAACAACGCGCACCCCGCCUCUGUCUCCGUGCACGUGCUCAAUGGCGAGCACCCCGCGGCCAUGCAGACCAGCAACCGCGCCACCUACCUCACGUCGCAGCUGAGCUGUGCGGCGCUCACCUACCUGCUGUCCAGCAUGGCCUGCAGAUGAUCGCCCCGGCGCGCCGACUUGUUGACCUCUUACCAUAAGUUCGUGCAUAAGUCUGUUGAAGCCAUCGGCAUUACAUUCGCGACUCCAUUCUGGCCUCUUUCACUUACUUUGUUGCUUUACAAAAAUUAUAUUAUAUAAAUUCUUUAUGAAAUCAUGCAAACUUUAUGACAAUUCAAUACAUCGUGCAUGCACUUGAGAUUUUAGAAGUCAGCGGUAGCGAUACGGAGCGGCAUGCUUGCGCGUAGCGACGUCCCUGGCUGAUUUCUGAGACGCCUUAAAGAUUGCAUCCGACUGUACUUAUAUAUUUAAACUUGGUAAAUCCCAAACAUUAGAAUUUCAAUUUUGCGAUACGCCUCUUCGUAAUGAAGCUAUUCUGUAAAGAUGUUUAAAAAUUCUACAGCGUGAGGUUCGAAAUUUAAGUUUUAAUUUAUCUCAAUAUCUCUGUAACUAUUAUGAUAAUCGAAACUCGCUCGAUUUAUAUAAACUCACCCUACGGAAUAGCUCGGCCAUUUUGUUGCAAUGCAUUCAGAGGGCCUAGUGGCAGUUUGAUAGUGAUACUAUCGCGUUAACGUAAACGGGAAUUUCUAAGGAAUUGAAACAGCGCCAUCUAGUGGCACUACUGCACAACUGUUUCAAUUCCAUAUAAAUUCGCGUUUACGUCAACGCGAUAGUAACAGUAACAAAAUAUUGAAAACUCCCACUAGUCUCAGGUGAUGGGCCACAUAGGUGAUGUCCAAAAUUUACAAAGUGAAAUUUUGCAUCAUUGCAUCUUAUUAAUUGAGUUCUUAAAGGAGAAGGUUCUUUAUUCGGCUGUGUAUUUUUGGUAAGCUAAAUUGUUUACGUCACAAAAUUUUAAUUGUUUCUUGAUU